AAUUUUAUACUGACAGUGAACGCCACAAAAGCUAAACCGCUGGCAGCUUAACUAGAACCAACGUGUUUGACAAAGUACACUUUGAGCAUUUUUAGAGAAAAAUAGUCAUGUCUUUUAAAAGGGAAGGUGAUGACAGGAGUCAGUUGAAUAUCCUGAAGAAAAGGCGCGUUGCAGAUCUUCUGUCAAACUUUAUUCCAGAAGACGAAGCAACCCUUCUGAGCAAUGGAAGAUACACGUGUCUUGUGUGCUCCUUCCGCCCUGUGUUUGACACCGUUGACAUGCUGACAGUCCACAGGAAAGGGAAAAGGCAUUUAGAAGGAUUAAAAUUUUUCUAUGGAAAGAAAGCCCAGUUGAAGCAUGAAAUAACAAAAAGAAAACAAGAACAGUUUGUCCAAGCUGAAGACGAGAGACAGGAUGGAUCAAGUUCAGCUCCUUUACUGGCACAAACACGGUAUCUGACCCAUCAUGCUCUGCUGAGGACUGUACCUUAUAACAGCUGCCAUCGCAGAAACAGUACAAAAACUGAAAAAAGAUCAGCGAGCAGCGCUUUAGAACCUGGUGGUACCACCUGCAGCAGAACUCCACUUGAGCAUCUGGGCCCUCCUAAGAGAGGUGCAGAGUCAUGCGAAGGUCUGAGUAGUUCUCGAGGCUGCAUAUCAGGAGAAGAGUCACACCCAUCAAAACCUAAAGGAGAGCUUCCCCCGGCAGCGAUCCCAGAACCUGAGCCCAUGACGGCCCAGAGGAGACGAGAGCUGGAGCAUUAUCUGAAACUGAAAAGUGACGGAUGGCGACAGGACCUCAGCGGCCAGUGGGUUAAAGACCAGAACGUAGAGUUUGAUUCUGAUGAGGAGGAGCCUCCUUCACUCGUCAACGUGCCUUAAAGCCACGAAGGUCCAGGUGCACCUCUCCAUUCUGAACGUAAAGACAUCCACCACUUUUCAAGAUGACGAUAAAUAAACUGGGGCUGUCAAAGAAAAACGCGAUUACGAGUUAUUGUGAUUUCCUUCCAUCCAUUCAUCCAUCCAUCCAUCCAUCUUCUUCCACUUAUCCGAGGUCGGCUCACGGGGACAGCAGCCUAAGCAGAGAAGCCCAAACGUCUCUCUCCCUAGCAACUUCGUCCAGCUCUUCUCGGGGGAUCCCGAGGCGUUCCCAGACCAACUGGGAGACAUAGUCUCCCUAACAUGUCCCGGGUCUUCCCCGUGGUCUCCUACCAACCGGAGGUGCCCUAAACCUCUCCCCAAGAAGACAUCUGGGGACCAUUCUGACCAGAUGCCCGAACCAACUCAUCUUUACUCUUGAGUUCUUCCCGAAUGACAGAGCUUCCCACCCUACUUCUGAGGGAGAGCCCCGCCACCCGACAGGGGAAACUAAUUUUAGCCGCUGUACCUACGUGCGGCUAGUCCUUUCGGUCACAACCCAAAGCUCAUGACAAUAGGUGAGGAUAAGAACGGAGAUUGACCGGUUAAUUGAGAGCUUUGCCUUCCGGCUCAGCUCCUUUUUUAACCACGACAGAUGGAUAUAAGGGUCGCCUCGAUCCGCCUGUCGAUCUCACGAUCCACUCUUCCCUCACUCGUCAAUAAGAUUCCGGGGUACUUGAACUUCUCCACCUAAGGCAAGAUCUCCUCCCCAACCCGGAGAUGGCACUCCACCCUUUUCCGGACAAGAACCUUGGACUCGGACUUGGAGGUGUUGCACUUAGCCUGCUCAGUGGCCUUAUGGGUAGAGUGUCCACCCUGAGAUCGGUAGGUCGUGAGUUCAAACCCCGGCCGAGUCAUACCAAAGACUAUAAAAAUGGGACACAUUACCUCCCUGAUUGGCACUCAGCAUCAAGGGUCGGAAUUGGGAGUUAAAUCACCAAAAUGAUUCCAGAGCGCGGGACCGUAGUUGGGAAAAUGCUCUGGCGCCGCAGUCGCCAGCGAGAAAAAACACCAAGCAGAAAUAGACAAAGGUGAAUACUGAAUGUUGGCUCUUCUGACAAGACCAAAGCCAUCCACAUUCACCACCGCAAGCCAAGUCACCACCAGAGCAAGUCAUGUCCCAGAAGCCCAUUCCGGAAAUCCCAAAACGAAAUAACGACAACCCACAAACCGUCCACAGAAAUUUCUAGUGCGUGUCAACACCCUUGGUUCUACAACUGAUCAAUAUUGUAGACUAUGAGGGGCCGCCCAAAGCAGGCGCAAGCCACGACGGUCGUAAAGACCGAGGAGCCACCCCGCCGACACGCUCACCCAGCCACUUUUUUCAAUUGUCGUUUAUAGAAUUUUUGUUUUGAAAGUGAUUCUGGGUCAGAAGCGGUAAGCUUCUGUGAGAGAAUGUUUGUGUUGAGCUGUUUAAAAAUAGUAUAAUGUUUAAUAAAGCAAACAGUCUCAGGAUUAAAAAUUAUUUAGCUGCAAUUAAUUACGAGUGAACUGCGGGCAAAAUGUGAUUCAUUACGAUUAAAUGUUUAAACUGUUUGACAGCCCUAGUAUAAAUACUAGCGUCACUGUUUGAGUUCAGCUCGUUUCUACUUGAUCUAACACAGUGAUUCUCAAACUGUGGUACGCGUACCGGCUCUAUCUAGUGGUGUGCUAAAGAAUCACGUGACUCGAUCCGUUAUUGAAGGUUUAUCAGCCUUCAAUGGAAGUCGUGACAAUGUUAGUCGAGGCCAAAAUAAACAAUCACGACACAAACCGCCAUCAUUUCUACAACUCAACACGCGUGGGAAACGAAUGUUCUGCGCUUACGUCCACCCUUUCCCAGCCUCCCAGCCAAUCAACAAGCAGAACACGUAAACAAAGACAAGCAUUGUCAGAGAAAGAUGCAGUAACAAUGAUGCCUUCAAAGCCAGGGGAAAACACUAAAUCUGUAACAAAAUGGAAUAAACUACAUGUGAAACAUAAGGUAAAUAAAAUAAAAUAUUAAAACAUGAAAGACGAUCCAAAAUAUCCUUAUCAACCGAUGACAAGAAAAUGAAAGGAGAUACAAAUUAGAUAAUUUUUAAAAAGUGCUUCUGGGUAGCCAUACAGAUAGUUAUCCGCUGUUCAAACUAUGUGUAAUGUUACAGUAUGU